AUGAUUGAUUUCGAUCCCUCUACAUUUGGCUUAGCUCACACCUAUUAAAAGGAAGACAAGGAUGAAAUCAACACAUUGGCUUUGCCAUCCGCACCAUAAGUGAUUUACAGAACUUUGAAUGGUCCAACUUAAGUCAAUGGAGGAAAUAAAUUAACCAAUUUCAAACAUGGAACAACAACCUUAGGAUUUGUAUUCAAGGAGGGAAUUUUAUUGGCUGUUGAUUCAAGAGCCAGUAUGGGCAGCUUCUUGAGCAGCGAAUAAGUAAGAAAAGUAAUCGAAAUUAAUGAAUACUUAUUGGGUACUAUGGCUGGAGGUGCAGCAGAUUGCCAAUAUUGGCUUGCUUAUUUAGCGAAUCAUUGCAGGACAUAUGAAUUAAAAAAUGGUAGUAAAUUGAGUGUUGCUGCAGCUUCGAAAUUCUUAUAAGGAAUUUUAAUAGGCUACAGAAAUUCAGGUCUCUCUAUGGGAUGUAUGAUUGCAGGAACUGAUACAACUGGAUAGCAUUUAUAUUACAUCGACAAUGAUGGAAUGAGAUUAAAAGGCGACAUCUUUUCUGUGGGUAGUGGUAGCACAUAUGCCUACGGUGUUUUGGAUAAUCAUUAUAGAUAUGAUUUAUCUUUGAAUGAGGCUGUAGAACUAGGAAUCAGAGCAAUCUAUCAUGCUACUCAUAGAGACACAGCAUCUGGAGGAGUAGUUAGAGUUUAUCAUAUUCAUAAGGAUGGAUGGACUAAAGUUCAUGAUGGCAUCGAUGUUGUAGAUUUACAUUACUAAUUUGCUUAACAAAAAGGACUGGUAGGAGAUGGCGACGAGGCAAAAUAGAGAUUGUUUUGAUAUUAAAUACAUAAUAUUAAUAUUAAUUUUUAAAUAAUUUAUUCGAAA